GAAAACGAAAGUCACACACUGCCUCCUGCUGGCAGAGAGGCACCCUCUGUUUUAAUUCACGUUAUUCAGAAACUUGCUAUUCUUUAUUAGAGUUAAGAGAUCAUUACUGUUACAAAAUAUAAAGCUAUUAAUACAACACAGCUGGAUUCUGGAAAACACAACCAGCUCGAAAGUUCUCUGAGGUCAGAAGAUCCGAGCCGUCCGUGAACGCAGCAUAUUUCCCAAUAUCCGCCUGGAUGAUAUAAGAGGAAGUAUUUCUAUUCACGCCUUUAGUUUAAAGUUAAAUUAAAGUUCAUCGACAUGGACACAGAGGGUUCAGGACUGUCCUAACAGCCUGCUAAAUGACGCCACGAUGAUUUUCAUGGUGCUGUUAAUCCAAACCGUCCUGUCAGUGUGGAGUGAGGAGCCUCCAGACCCCCCAACAGACGUCCAUGUCGAUAAUUGGCAGCUUACGUGGACCCCUCCCUCCGAUGAGACAGGCCUCACCUACACGGUCCAGAGCAGAGACCACAGUGAAGUGUGGAGUGACGUCUCCACCUGUGCCCAAAUAUCCUCCACUUCCUGUGAUGUCACUCUGACAGCAGCUAAGGGCAAGCAUGACUGUGUGAGGCUGCAAGUGCUUGCAGAGAGACGGGGACUCGCCUCCGCACCAGCCGAGGCCUGCGUUUCACACGGUUUUAACAGGUGCACACCCCAGGUGAGCCUGUCAGCCCGGCCUGGCUCUCUCACCGUUAACCUCAGCCGUAACCACAGCCUGGCUGAGGAUCACGUCGACAACCUCCAGCACCGAGUUUAUUACAACAAAGAGGGAGAGACCGAGCAGUUCUAUCACGAUUCUCGUGCUUCACUCCCCCUCCUUCGGCUGCAGGAGGGGCAACGGUACUGUGCUCAGGUGGAGUUCCUUAUCCUAGGUCAGCCUGUGGGCCCACCCACCUGCCCCCAAUGUGAGCUCAUCCCCCACACAGAUGUUCAGGUGCAUCCAGGUGUGAUAGUGGGCGUGGUCGUGGUUAUGACCCUCCUGAUAGUCGGCUCGGCAUACAUCAUCAUCUGCCAGAGUGGGAGGAUCAAACGCUGGCUCCACCCCCCGUGUGAGAUUCCACAUCAUUUCCACCGCCUGCAGUCCCACCACGACCUCACCCCCAGCCCCACUGAUGAGCACUUUGACGUCAUUGACUGUGUCACGCCUGAGGAGCGGAGAGAGUGACGUCACCCGAGCACCGUCUGCUGAACUGUGCCGCCACUUCAUGCUGCCUCACCUGAGGAGUGAACAAAUUAACCUGAGGAGGAGGAGCAGCACAGACUGAAAGUGAAAUCAGUUCUCUUUGGUUUCACUUUUACUCUUCAAUGAACAUGUGAUCUGUGUUACCUGUCAUGUUUGUAGCAGCAGCAGCACCCGGCACCUGACAGUUAGGUCCUCUCACACACCUUUAUAGAUGGUUGUUUUUAGCAUUAAUGAAUGAAUGAAGGGGCAUCGUCUCUUUUUAGUGAAAUUUGAGCCAUAAAGGGUAAACAGGGAGAUUCAUUUCAAGUUUUCAGUGACGGAGGUUGAAUCAUAUUUCACUGCGACGUGUCUCCGUCCUCGAUCAUUUUAAAUCUACAUUAAUUAUUUUUCUGUUUCAUGUAAACUCACACACUCAUCACUUUAUGGUGUAACCUCUGUGAUCUACUUUAUCCUCUUUGGGCCUUGGGGAAAGCUCUCAGCGCCACUGUUACAGUUUUAAUGCUGAUUGUCUUAUUUUGCUUCCUCUCUCUGUUACCUGUGUAAAGCACCUUGAGCGGCCUUGGUUUGAAACUUGUGCCCACUGUAUGAGCAAUCAGUGAAAUGACUAAUUUAAAAAUACAUCAUGUAUUGUUUGUCAGCUUUGUGUUGUUCAUCUGCUUGUAAUAUAUAAACAUUUUAUACUAA